AUGGGAAGUCGAAGUUGCCCUCCGGGAGAGGUACCGGCGGCACAUGGCACCGCUCGAGCCCUUCGGCCCGAGAGCCAGCGCCCUGCGCCACCUGGCGUAGAAGGAAGCAAACUGUGCAGUAUUGGUGACACUUUGUUCAUUUGUACUCGGUACUUGGCGCGACAGCCUAUGAACGGGCUCAGGCCUACCGGCGACGUCCCUGCCUCGCGGCCUAGGGUUAAGGGACGUUUCCUUGUAAAGCUAGAUCUCCACUCCGGGGCGCAGCCGCCGCUGCCGUCGUCCCUAUCUCCGCUCCACUUCAACAGCUCCGCCGCAAGCGCCAUCACCUCCACCGCCGCCCCCGCAGAGGAAGUAACGGAGAAACCGCCGUCCGCCGCCGCCACCGCCGCCGCUGCCGCCGCCGUGGGCUCUUUCCCGGCGCCCGCGGCCAAUUACCCUCCCCCUCAGCUCUCUCCGCCCUCGCCCUCUCUGUCUCUCUCCCUCUCUGUCUCUGCCUGUCUCUGUCUUGGGCCGCCGUUCUCGCUCCCGCGCGGCGCUAUUAGUUAA